AUGAUUAAAUGUUCAUUAAUUAAUAUUUAUUUCUUAGUUACUUGGAUAUUUCCUGCCGCUUCGGUAUUUAUUUAUUUAUUUAUACCGGUACAAACAGUUAAAGUUUUUGGUGGAAAUAUUUCUGAUCAAUCUACUCGUGAUGCAGCUAAUUUAUGGGUUCGAACAACAUCUAAUGGUGAUAUACUUGUAUCAUUAUUAAGUGGUAUAGCAUUAUUCAAACAAUCCGAUUGGCAUUUUCGACAAAUAGUCAUUCGUGUUUGUUCAAUAUCGAAUUUUGUUCAUUUUGGUUGCUUUAUAUAUCACAAUCAUUUUGUAACACCACAUCAUAUAGGACUUGUCAUUCUAUAUUAUUCAGCAUUAUCUUUAACUAUAUUAACUGGAUUAGGUUGGGGUCUCAAUUGGAAUACUAUACUGAAAAAAGAAACAAAAAAAUCUGACCAAAUACAAUUAACAGUAGAAGCAAAUAGUCCAUUUAAUUCUGUUUAA